GCGCCUCUCCCUGUUUUAUGGAGCUCCACACUGUUCGCGCCUUCUCAACAGAGCAGGUCGACGGCAGUCAAGCCCUGUUUGUGCAGUGAGUCAUCUUUCUGGAAUCCUCUGAGAAACGUGUCUGAACUGCAGUGCAUUUCGAGCAGAGCUGCCCUUCAUCUCCAGAGCCGAGGUUCGGCAGCUUGACCAACAUGGAGAAGGGUAGAGGAUCUGAGACUGGGAGCUGUACAAAGAGAAUAAAGACGGAGUCCGAUGCUGAUCCCCCGGCCGGACAUUUACAUCGCUUCACUGUGAAAUUCAGUCCUUCUGCCCGCAAGGAGUACACGAUAGACUGUGUUGAACCGGGAACAGUGCUGCGGGCGAUACAAACAUGUGACUGGCUGUUUUCAGAUAAAAACCUUGUGAUUCAGCUGGGUAAAAAGGAUAGGAAACAUGCAAUUGCAACACAUUUCCCUUGUUCUUGUAUCAGGGAAAAUGAGUGUCUGAUCUUGUCCAAUGAAAAAGGAGAGGUUGAAAAGAGCCAGGGCCAAAAUGAGGAACCAAUGCAUUCACAGGAAAUGUAUUCUGUGUUCUGCAUUGAUACAACGGGAGGAGAAAACACCAGAACAAAGACGUUUAUCAGAAACAAUGCUUUCAAUAAGUUCAAGUAUAUGUGUGUGUACGGGGAGAAGGGUAGGGAUAUGACAGUGGAUGAGGCUCUGAAGAGAGAUGGACGCUUCAUUGAUAAUCUUGGCUGCUUCACUCUGUCUGACAACAAUGAUCCAACGAAAAGCACUGGAUGCACACAACCUGUUGACAACCUACAUGCAAAAGAAUUCAAGUUGUGUUUUGAAAAGACACAACUGAAGUUGAAUAAAAAAGCAGUCAUAGAUCAAGUAAAGCAGAGAGCAAUCAUUGUCCAAAAAGCAAUUGAAAACAGUCAAAUCAGUGUCCAAACUGUAGUGGAAGAUCAAGGCAGAGCAGAGGGAAGCGCUGCAGGUAACAGUGGAAAGAGUGGCAGCAGUGUCGACGUUACCAAGAUUUAUGAAUUACUGCGGAAGCAAUGUGCAGGUCUGAAGGACCUGAUGAUGAGCAGAUUCCCAGGUGAUUCUUAUCAGAAGGACCCGAUGAUGAGGAGAGUCCCAGGUGAUUCUUAUCAGGAGAAACUGAACCUGAGGAAGGAAGACUUUGGAAAGAUCCAACAGUCAUUCAGCGACGUUCACAGAGUCAGAGAGCUGAUAAAACUGGGCGAGUCAGUUUGCAAAGUGGUUGUUGAAGGUUAUUUCACAGGAACAGGGUUUGUGUUGUUUGAUAACUUCAUCUUGACUAACGCACACCUGUUUGAUAAAUGUGUUGAAGAAACAGAGAACCUGAAGGAUGCAGUAGAGGUCUAUGUUUUGUUUAACUAUGAAGAAGAGCACAAAAAUUACCACCAAUUUAAGCUGGCUCAACGUAACAUCUGCUACCGUCAUGAUGACCUUGAUUACGCCAUAUUUGAGCUUGAGUCUGUCGGCCACAAAUACAACCCAGAAACAAAAAGUGUCACAGAACAGAAGGUGCCACCAGGGCUCCUGAAGAGGUUUGGUCCAGUGCCUGAGAAUGGUGAGGCCUGUAUCAUUGGUCACCCAGAAGGAGGAGUGAAAAAACUGGAUCCAACAUGUGUCAUUGAGAUAGAACACAGAAAGAAGGCUAUUGAAGAUCAUUUAGAUCCAUACAAAGACACUUUAUUCACAGUCUGCUCAAUCCGUCACCUCAUCAAAAAGCAAGGCAUUGAAAACAUAUUUGUGGGUGGGUGUAAAGAAAAGAAAGUAGUGACCUACAACAGCUUCAUGUAUCACGGCUCGUCUGGAUCCCCAGUGUUCGAUGCUCAGCGCAAGGUUUUUGGUUUGCACACCUCAGGAUAUGUUUAUGGAUUUCCUGAGAGUGAGAGUGUGAUAGAGUGUGCCCAACCUCUGCUCACUAUAUUUGAAAACUUUGUGAGCAGACUGAGGGAAUAUGGGAAGAAGGAUCUGUUGAAGAGAGUUGAGGAUGAAGCACAGGGAAACUCAGACCUAAAAAAGAUACUGAACACUGUCACAUCUGACUCUGAUGAAUCAAUGGACACUGAUUAGAGAAUCAGGGACUAAACGCACAGCUGGACAGCUUAUAUUCCCAUGCAUCAUCAGACUUAAGAUCAGUUUUCCAGUACGUGUAUCCUGUUUCAUACUGACAGAGAAGCUGUAACUCAUUGACUCCAGCUACAUUAUAUUAAUCAUCAAUAAUAACUUUUUCUUCUAUUACACUCUGAUAUACUGCACAUGGUUUAUCUCAUAGACUGGUACAGGGACGUUUCUGUGUUGGACCCUGAAGGCAGCAUCUUCCUGGUCCAAUGGGACCUGUGUCAAACAACGUUUAGGAUUCUUACUCCUUUAGUUCAGCAGGAUAAGCUCCACAUAUUAACAGCUCUUUAUGAUUUCUGUGAGCUAAUGUUGGGCUAUAAAGGAGCUACAGCACGGUCACAUGACCUCAUGUCACCACCACUAAGCUAAAGGUGGCUAACGUUGGGCUAUAAAGGAACUACAGCACGGUCACAUGACUUCACGUCACCACCGCUAAGCUAAAGGAGGCUAAUAUUUGGAGUGACUUGUGGGGUAUUUACUGGCGUGUUUUACGUGGUAGAACCAAACGUUAAAACUUCUUCAGGUGUGUUAACCACAGACCAGGAUAACAACCAAAAACACAUUCAGAAAACCAUUGACCUCCAGACACGGGGACAGGAAGUGGUAAAAUGCUGACUCAUAUCUUGGUUGUAGGACUCAUUCCUGCACCAGUCUUAAUGUUUUGUAUAUUCUCUUUUCUAUGUAAGCGUUCUGUUUUAUUUUACGUUCUGUUUUUGCUCUUAUUUCACAGCAUCCUACCUUUACUGUGUUUAUGUAUGCGCCGUUGAAGACAAAUCCCUUGUAUGUGUUAACCUAAUUGGCAGUAAACCAAACUCAGAUUUUGAUCCUGCAUACUCACCAGUUUUUGGAUUAUAUGAAGGUAUUCCUUAUGUGUUUUUGAGGCACUGAACUGAAUGCCAUAUUUAUGUUAUUUUUUUCAUAUGUAAUUGCUUUUAACAUGUAUUGGAAGUAUUGUUUUACCUCCAUAUCAUGUAUUCUCUUGUGGGAGGUGUACAUGAUGCUUUCAACGCAUUCUUUCUGUCCUGGCCUUCCCUACCAAUGUAAUCUGUUUGUGUUUUAUUAAAGUUUGAUCUCUUGAGAA